AUGGCGGAGAAUACGCGAAUGAAAGAGAUACAAGCCGAACAGAAGAAAGCGAGUGAGUUCAUGGAAGAAGCUAAGGGUAAGUUCGCGCGAAUGGAAAGUCUGUUCGAGAUAGUAUUACAGUCUUUGGAUGAGCUGAAACGAGACAAGAAUCAGGCUGGGUCAGGGUCGACGUCGAUGCACGAACCAUCGGCAACUCAUGAACACUCUGCAAACCCGACGGUUCACACCUUUACAACGGUCACCGGAAGGCAAAUGAAGCUAGAUUUUCCCCGGUUCGACGGAAAGGAUGCUCUGGACUGGAUUUUCAGGGCGGAGCGAUUUUUUAAAUAUUAUGAGAUCCAGGAAUCACAGCGAUUAAUCAUAGCCGCGAUACAUUUCGAUGGAGAAGUUCUACCUUGGUUUCAGAUGCUAGAAAGGUCACAUCGGGUGCCUAUUUGGAAUGCUCUGGUGCAAGCUAUUGAAGAGCAAUUCGGACCCUCGCAAUUCGACAGUGCACGGGGUCAGUUAUUCAAACUGACACAUCAGGGUCCACUGGAAGAUUAUAAUAACAAGUUUAUCGCCUUAUCCAACAGAACUCAGGAAAUACCGGAAGCCGCAUUGUUGGAUUGUUAUCUGGGGGGGUUAAAACCUGAGCUGAAGAAAGAUGUGCUCGUGCAAAGACCCACCAUAGUGCACAAGGCCAUGGCUCUGGCUAGACUAUUCCAUGAUGCGACAGUCUUCGGGUUCACACCAUCUAAAACAAAGACUACCUCGGGCGCCGGGAGAAAUUCAACCAGGAAUUUUAGCGCAUCGUCGACAGGAACCUCCACGAACUACACAGGGGGAAAAGCCAAUUUGCCACCCUUAUUACCUACCCCGAAUAUGCCUCCUAUCAAGAAAAUCACACCAGCAGAGAUGCAAAUUAGAAGAGAGAAGGGAUUAUGUUACACCUGUGAUGAAAAAUUCUCUCCAAGUCACCGUUGCCCGAAUAAACAAUUAAUGAUGCUUCAGUCGGAAGAGGAGGCGCAUGAAGAUUCUAAAUACAUGGUGGGGGAGGAACAGGGAGAGGCAGAAGUGACCCUGCAUCAUUUAUCCCUGUACGCACUGAGAGGGACACACGGUCCUGCCACGAUUCGCUUUAAUGGAUCUAUAUUGGGAACCAACAUGCAGAUCCUGUUAGAUGGAGGAAGCUCGGACACGUUCAUACACCCCAGGAUGGUACAUCAUCUUAAGCUGCCCAUAGAGAUAGCAAAGGAAAUUCGCGUGCUGGGGGGAUUCGGCAGGAUACUCAGAACCAAUGAAACAGUAGUACAAGUACCGGUACAGAUUUGUGGGCACACUCUGGCCAUUACUAUGUACGUGCUGCUGGUAGUAGGAGUGGAUAUGAUCAUGGGAGCAGACUGGUUGGAAACCUUGGGACCACACGUUGCAGAUUAUAGCUCAUCUACCAUCAAAUUUCUCGAGAAUGGCAGUUUUGUAACCCUGAAGGGAUUUCGAGGACCACCAGUGAUUCAAGCACAGUUGCAUCACUUAACCCGAAUCUGUAGUAUGGACUCGAUUGCGGAAUGUUUCAUGCUCAAACCGGUGCAUGCAACAGCCACUACAUCGGAGAGUACCAUUCCGGAUGAUUUGAACGAAGUCUUGGAGCAAUUCAAAACCAUCUUUGACAAGCCCAAUGGCUUACCCCCGGACAGAGGACACAAACACCGAAUAGAGUUGUUACCAGGGGUCAAACCGAUCAAGGUUCGGCCCUAUCGCUACUCGGUAUCCCAGAAGGCAGAGAUUGAACGACUAGUGACAGAACUACUGGAUGAAGGACUCAUUCAACAUAGUCACAGCCCGUUUUCCGCACCGGUGAUUUUAGUUAAAAAGAAAGAUGGUACUUGGAGGUUUUGCGUAGACUAUCGUGCUCUGAACAAUGCUACGGUCAAGGAUGCUUUUCCCAUGCCCAUAGUAGAUGAACUAUUGGAUGAACUGCAUGGCUCUGCCAUUUAUUCCAAGCUGGACUUACGAUCCGGGUACCACCAGAUCCUGAUGCAUGAAGAGGACAUAGAAAAAACAGCUUUCCGCACCCAUCAAGGCCUAUAUGAGUGGAAGGUGAUGCCCUUCGGACUAACGAAUGCCCCAGCAACCUUCCAAGCAUUGAUGAAUUCGAUUUUCCAACCAUUCCUGAGACAAUUUGUGUUGAUAUUCUUCGACGACAUAUUGGUCUAUAGCAACUCCUGGGAGCAGCACUUGGCGCAUCUUAGGGAGGUGUUAGCAACACUACAUAAGCACCGUCUGUUUGAGAAGCGAUCGAAAUGUGCGUUCGGUCAGCGACGAAUAGAAUAUUUGGGGCACAUUGUAUCAGCAAGGGGGGUAGAGAUGGACCCUUCGAAGGUGCAGGCAGUUCAGGACUGGCCGACGCCGACCACAGUCUCGCAGCUUAGGGGAUUCCUCGGAUUGAGUGGGUACUAUCGCCGGUUUAUUCAGGGAUAUGCCCAAUUGGCAGGCCCAUUGACUCAGUUAUUAACUAAAGAUGGGUUCCAUUGGAAUUCAGAAGCCCACGAAGCCUUCAGCAAGUUGAAACAGGCUUUGGUCCAAGCUCCUUUGUUGGCUUUACCUGAUUUUGCUGAACCUUUUGUACUAGAAACGGACGCGUCAGGGAUAGGCAUUGGCGCCAUCUUGAGUCAACGCAACCACCCCAUAGCUUAUUUUUCGAAGAAGCUAUCUCCACGUCGACAGGCACAGUCAACUUAUGUGCGGGAAUUAUAUGCGAUCACAGAGGCCGUAGCGAAAUUUCGACAUUAUUUAUUCAGUCACACUUUCGUGAUUCGAACGGAUCAUGCCAGUCUGAAGCAUAUUGGUGAACAGACCAUUCAAACCCCUGAACAGGAAGCGUGCCUUCCCAAAUUGUUAGGGUACCGUUUCACGAUUGAAUACAAGCCGGGCAAACAGAACCAAGCUGCGGAUGCAUUGUCACGAGCCACAUGCAUGACCUUAGUAAGUAUUCAGGAUGAGUUAAUGAAUGAGAUUUUUCGGCGUGCGGUGACAUCCCCUGCUUUGCAAACCAUUCGGUCUUAA